AUUUUUCUCCUAUAAUUUAAAAAAACAACAAAACUCAGUAUUGAGCAGUGCACACUGUUAGCUCAAUGCCUGGGUAUGGGAGACCAGAAUCCCUUUGGCUUUGCUUUUCAGGCUGGUCCAAGAAGGUUGCCAGCCCUCACCUUCUCCCUGGUAUUAGCCAGCUGGGAGGGGCAAAGGAAAACAGAAAAAGGUGUAUUCCCUCGUAUAGGGAGACAGUCGUCCACACUAUGUGUACUCACAUCACAGGGUUAGAAAUCUGCUCCCAUGGCUACAACUAUCCGUGAGGGAAGAGGGGACAUAAGUCUUUCUAUGCGCUACUGGAGGAAAGGGUUGGACCUGGGCGGUGACCAUCAUGACUGACCCACCCGGUGUCGGGCUUACGGGGCCUCCUCUGUUGCUUUUGGACCAAGUACAGAAUUAUGCACAGAAGUAAUCAUUUAAGAAAACUUUUCAGUGAAGUUAAAGUGGAGAAGAAAAAAAAAAAUAGCCAAGCUGGGAAGAAGCAUAUUUUCACCUAGCAUGAAGGACAGGACCCCUGACAAAGCUGGCUGAGUAAAGCCUUUGCCUCCUCUCCCCGCCCCCAGCCGUCAUCUCCCCUAACUCUCACAUCCGCACUGAGAGAACUUCUAGAGAAAUUAGAAGGAAGACUUCAAAAAAUAUGGUGUGAUGUCUCCCGGUGGAGACAGGGCAGGAGGUGCAGGGAAGCAAAAGUGGCCUGAUCCAGGGCAACAGUGAUGCCAUGGUGAAGAAUAGAUGGGAGGAGAGAAGCAACAGGCACCAUGGAAAAAGCUAAAACAAAGCAAGGAGACAAUGAACAUAUGCCGGUGAAUAACCCUUCCACACAGAUUUACCAGGCUUUGAAGUUCAAGUCUUCCCUGAACCUGCCUCCGGUGGGAGCCCGCCUUCAGCGGCAGGAUGGAGGGAUCAUAACCUCUCUAGAGCACCUCCAUGAAAAAAUCAACGAGAUGAGGAACGUGUUCAACUCGCUGGAGUACAAGUUGCAGGCCCUGGCCUCUGAGCUGAAAACUGGUUUCACAGAGGCAAUGCAGGAACUGUCACGAAUCCAACAUGGAGAAUAUGCCUUGGAAGAAAAGGUUAAGAUCUGCAAGUGUUCCAUGGAAGAAAAAGUUACUGAGAUGAAGAAUUCAUUAAACUAUUUCAAGGAAGAGCUGAGCAAUGCCAUGUCAAUGAUUCAAGCCAUAACUUCCAAACAAGAAGAAAUGCAACAGAAAAUUGAACAACUUCAACAGGAGAAACGAAGAGAGUCUCGAAAAGUUAAGGCCAAGAAAACUCCAAAAGAAGAACACGGCACACAGGCUGGACCUGCACAAGCACAAGGAAGUCCUUUCCGUUCCAUCAACAUCCCUGAACCUGUUCUUCCAAGUGAAGAUUUUACCACAAUUUUGCCUUCUCAGGCCUAUGAAAAAGCCCAAGAGUCCAGAUCGGUUCAUGCAGGAGAUAGUAAUGUGAAGGGAAUAAUGGGUCCUGGAGUGAACCCAACGACUCCAGAAGCAGAUGAAAACCUGAAGUCUUGCAUCUCAGCGGAUAUGCAGUCCAAGGGUCAUCUUUCUUCUGGCAUGUGGAGGCAGCCCAAGGAUGGCAAAGAAUGGGGGGAAGAGUACGUCACAAAGGACCACCCCGAUAAACUCAAGGACGCCGGCCAGGGUAGACGCAGUUCCUUGGAAAAUGUUUUAUGUGAAACCUCUUUAGCUGCUAAAAGACAAACUGUGGCUCUAGAGCUGCUUGAAUCUGAAAGAAAAUAUGUCAUUAACAUCUCUCUGAUACUGAAGAUAAAGGCAACAUUCCAGGGGUCAGAUGGAAAGAGGAAUUCUAAAGAGAGAAGCCUCUUCCCUGGCUCUUUACGGUACCUUGUCCAGCAGCACCUGGAUUUGCUUCAUGCACUGCAGGAAAGGGUCCUGAAGUGGCCACGCCAAGGAGUCCUUGGAGACUUAUUUCUUAAGCUGACAAAUGAUGAAAAUAAUUUUUUGGAUUAUUAUGUUGCCUACCUGCGGGAUUUGCCUGAAUGCAUCUCACUGGUUCACGUCGUUGUUCUGAAGGAGGGUGAUGAAGAGAUCAAAUCUGAUAUCUACACACUAUUUUUUCACAUAGUCCAACGCAUCCCUGAAUAUCUGAUACAUUUACAGAAUGUUCUGAAAUUCACAGAGCAGGAACACCCUGACUAUUACCUCCUACUGGUGUGUGUUCAGCGCCUCCGAGUAUUUAUCUCACACUACACCCUGUUGUUUCAAUGCAAUGAAGAUUUGCUUAUUCAGAAACGGAAAAAGCUCAAGAAGUCAUCCAUGGCAAAGCUGUACAAAGGGCUGGCUUCCCAGUGUGCAAAUGCUGGCCAAGAUGCUUCUCCCACUGCAGGCCCUGAGGCUGUCCGCGACAGUGGGAUCCACUCAGAAGAGAUGCUGCAACCCUACCCUUCUGCUCCCAGCUCUGGCCCUGCUGUCACUCAUCUGAUGCCCCCGGUGAAGAAAAGCCAACCGCAGCAGAGCAUGCAGCCCGGGAAGCCCAGUGACUGGGAGAUGGAGGGCAGAAAGCACGAGAGGCCCGAGAGCCUGCUGGCGCCGGCGCAGUUCUGCGCGGCCGAGCAGGACUUGAAGGCGCUCCCCGGGCCGCUGCAGACAGCUCCCAGUGUAGACUUCGAAGUUGGCCGCAAAGUCCAAUCAUACCUGCCCACUCUCCUUUUGAUUAGAAAGCGGUGUUGCGUUAAAUUUGCAGCCUCCGUUGGGAUGAGGAUAACCCAUAAUAGUAAAAGAAACAUUGACUCCAAGACACCAUCUUUGGCUUCAAUGAAUGUUGAGCAUUCUGGUGUUUAUCUGGUGUUUAUCAGAGAAAUAAACAACGAUUAA